AUGAUCCUCUGUCUUGCAGGAUUUUCUUCGGCUCUAAGUGCUGCACUUAUUUUGAUCUCUAUAGCCUAUUUGGGUUACAUCGCCAGUGAUCUAAGCGAAUUCUAUGAGGGUUCCUUGAAGGAUUUGGAAGAGUUUAAGGGCUUCGCCGACGAUGCUUGGGCAAAAAUGCUCGUCACCAACUCUCCUAUCAGACUUCCCCGAAGAGUCCCAGUCGAAGUCAGGGCUGCUACUGACCGCGAGAACGGCCCUCCUUCCUUUGGACCACCUCGCAACAUUUGCGAUCCCGAGCCGAACAACUGCCCACCUGGACCUCCCGGACCCGCUGGACAGCCUGGUGAGAAUGGCCCUGAUGGAGAGGAUGGUCUGGAAGGUAGACCAGGAGAAAGCUUCAAUGGUCUUGUGACUGUUAGGCCCAAGACCUACGACGUAGCUUGCAACUGCCCUGCUGGUCCACCUGGACCCCAAGGCACCGUUGGACGGCCUGGCCGGGCAGGCCGCAAUGGUUUCACAGGACGACAAGGCUACCGUGGAAACUAUGGACCACCAGGACCCCCGGGGCCAGCGGGAGAUCAAGGGCGACAAGGCUUCCCGGGAGCAGUAGGACCCCGAGGCCGACCGGGUCUAAAUGGUCGUCGAGGCCAGGGCCACCCUGGACCACGUGGACAACAAGGACCUCAUGGACCACCCGGUCCUAAUGGCGAAAAUGGGCAGAAUGGCGAGCACGGCUUACACGGUCUAUCAGGACCCCAAGGACCACCCGGUCUCCCUGGCUAUGAUGGAGAAGAUGGACUUCCAGGAGUUCCGGGAGAUCCCGGACUCAACGGUGAAGAUGCAGCAUAUUGCAAGUGCCCGAGAAGGAAUCGUGAAGCAAAGCAAAGGGGUGUGAAGGCGGAAGUAGUGAAAAAACCAGUGAAGAUUCAUUCAAAUGACGGUCGCAUUAGGAUAUCCAACAAAUAG